AAUUGUUUACAAUUUAAAAAUUGACAUUUGAAACAUUUCUCGGUGUCAGCUGCUGCUAGUAGGAUAUUUUGUAGUGUUUUAAGCAAUUUAAAAUGAACAACAGUGGGCAGCUGGGUGAAACGAUGGAACAAGUGCCCGUGGCCAAAAGGCGUACCGUAGUUGGUCCAUGGAAAGAAGUUAAAGAAUUUCGCAACGUCUACGAAUAUUUAUUUGAUGAAAACACCAAUGUCGAUCAACAAAAACAGGCACUCAGUCAAAUUAAUGUAUGGAGUUUGCGACGUAGCACACAAUGUCCAGCGGGUGUGCUCGCAACUAAAGCGCUUCUGGAAGUGCAGCAUUUAGAUAAAGCCGAGGCGCCACAGGCAGUUGCUGAAAGUGUCUUGCAAACAUUGUAUGCCAGCGCAUUUACACGUUUCUUUAAUUUUAUGUCAUCGACAAUGCAAAUACAUAAUAUGCGUACAAUGUAUGACACCGCACGUAUGCUGGGACUGCCUUCGUUUGUAGUGGAUUUGCGACACAUCUGUGCGCACGGGCAGGUACUACCACCCAUUGACAUACUGCGUACUUCGGUAAGCUACUGCUUAAAUUGGUUGCGAAAUUACUAUUGGGCACCACAAUUGGAGUCAAUGUGUGAUGUGCAAGCGAGUAAAAUACGCCACAAGGAUAAAACGCUUUUCGAAGAGAAUAUUACAAAAUUAUUUGUAAUUUACGAUGCAGCACUGGAAUGCUAUUGCAAAGGUGGGCAUAAUAUGAAAAGUGGAAAGCGACACAUUAGUGGCAAGCGUUUGGCGCAAUUGCGAACAUAUUAUGCUGAACAUAAUUUGACUGCUUUAAAAGACACACUGGAAUUAAUUGUAAAAGAAUUGAUUUCACUGGUGAAACGUGAAAUCGGCAUUAAAGAUAUGUCUGAAAUUUUUAUUGAAGCUUUAUACAAGAUGAAAUAUUUUUUCACUGUUGGAGAGUCUCAUAGCGCUGGCGAACCACUUGAAUUUCUAAUUGCUGCAACGCACAGUUUCUUCCGCAUGUUGGCAGUACAUGGCUUCAUAGAGGAUGUAUUUUAUAGUUUCAUAGCGUUGGCAGAGAAUACAAACGCAUUGGAACAACGCCGAAAUGGUGCCAGUUUUUGGGCAGUACGUAUAGCUGCUGGAUUUGUGGCUUUUAGAAAAUGUAAACAAAUGUAUAAAGCAGAAUUGGAAGAGAAUCCCAACACCAAAGAUUUUGAUUUCACCUCAUUGAACCUGGAGAAUAUUUCAAAGAAAAUGCGAAGACAUUUAAUUUAUGCUGGUGUCGAUAUUAAGUGUACACCAAUUUUUGGCGACUCUAUGCGUCGUCCUUGGGUGUGGGUGGUGGAACGAAGUUUUGUGGAUGAAAAACUGCAGCAGAUAAAUCAAUAUAAUGCACCAAUCAUUAAGAGCAUUCUACCGCUCGUGGAACCUGCCUUAACUACUUCAGAAAUUAGAGGCAUCUCGCUACUUAUAGACGCUUAUUUCGGCAAGCGUGUUGGUUUAAAAAAAGAUGCUGCCAAACCGACAGAUGCAGACGAUACCAUACACACAGCAAGUGAAUUAUUGGCAGCGCUUGAAAAACAGUGCGGCGUUCAGGAGAAAAUGGACUGUGAAGUCACCGCACCAGUUGUAAACGAUAAAGACCAGUUUGGCAUUUGGACAAUGGAGCAUAAUGACGAAUUAUAUAAUUGGUCUAUCUGUCCUUUGGGGCGUUUGCCAUGGGAGUAAUAUUUUUUUAGUUGUUAUGUGGACCAAUCAAUAUAACAUAAUUUGUAUUUAUAUUUAGUCAAAUGCUGUGGACACUUUUUCACCUGAAGUUGAUUUAGUACAUUGUUUUGUAUGAAAAAAAGGAAUUAACUUUA